AUUUUAUUUUAUUAUCAGUUGUUUCAAGUUCUCCCUGUUUUUCUUAGCGAUUAAUGAAUUCUCUUUGGCUAUGUUUUAUACAUAGAGUAUAACUUAAGACAAAUGGACAUAAAAUAUUUAAAACGUCUGCACGUAAUUGCUUGCAUAUGCAGAUACAUGUAUAUAGUUUAAAGAAAAUUACACGUCGAAGAAGUUCUUUAGCGGCCAGAUCCUACGUUUAAGAAAAAUCAAUUUAGUAAAAAAUGUUCGCUUUAAAAACCUGUUCAAUUUUAUUGUGUUUCGCAGUGGCGACGACAUACCUAACUUUAAGCGUAACGGCAGCUGUUAUCGAAGAAAAGCUGAAUGUUUUGGUUUUGUAUGAAUCCUUGUGUCCAGACAGUAAACGUUUUUUGCAAGAUCAGUUGGGUCCAAAUUAUGACGAGCUAGGAGAUUUCAUCGAUAUUAAAUUGGUUCCAUUUGGUAACGCUAAAUCCGUUAAUGAUGGCAAGGAAUUCGUAUGUCAACAUGGUCCGGCAGAAUGCUUAGGUAAUCUCAAGCAAUCCUGUGUUAUAAAUCAAACAACCAAUCAAACCGCACAAGUGAAAUUUGUUGUUUGUCAGAUGACCACACACUGGAAUGACAACGAUGUGAAAGAGUGCUCUGAAUUAGUUGGCUUGCCCAGCAACAUCGAUGACUGCGUGAAUACUCAACUUGGCAUCAAUUUGCAAUUGGAAGCAGAACGCAUAACCAAUUUGUAUGAAGUGAAUUUUGUGCCAACCAUUGUUUAUGACAAGGUUUUCAACCAAGACCUUCAGCAGAAUUCCCUAAAAGAUUUUCGUGCCACUGUUUGCGAUUUGUUGCGGACGCGUGGUGAUAUUUCUUUGGACGACGAUGUUUGCAAAAAUUUAAAUGUUUGAAAAUGCAUUCAUAAGGAACAACUUUAAAUUAUAAUCAAAAGAAGAGCCGGAAGUCUGGAUUGCUAGUGGUCAUUUAGCCAUAGACUUCUUAGAUUUCUUAGGUCAAAAUAAAGUACA